AGGAGGCGACGUUCCAACCGACUAUCGAUGCUAGGAGUAAAGUCUUGGUCAAGGAGGACCGUGGGUGGGAUGCGUGCGCAGUUAAAGACGGAGUGCCCGAAGUUUGGAUGUUCUAUGAUAAGUCCUUGAGGACAAGGACAUUCUCAAAGGGGGCGGGAAUGAUGCGGAAGUGGGUUUCGAGCCCCGACGACAAGAAGGUCCAAGAGUCGAGAAGGCUCGAGAAGGCCGAAAGAAGGGCCAAAACUAGGCAUGCAUGGCCUAAGCGACGUGCACGAGCCCGUAUACGAGGAUACCAACAUGCACGAUGGCACAGGAGGUCGAGCAAGAAGCUCAAGAGAUCGAGGCUUGAAGGCUCGGGUGACGCGGUCGACUGGUGCAAGGCGUGCACAAGGGAGCAACGCGCACGACGCUUGGAGGCUAAGGCCUUGGGCGAACGCUCCCAGGCCACAGUAGUCGCACAGUUUCCCGACUACCAACCAGAAAAGUUUUCCGGCCAAGGAGAUCCUCGUAUAGUAGAUGAAUGGAUUCAGGGCCUCGAGAUGAUUUUCGAGGUCAUGGAUUGCCCUGAUCGUUACCAUAUGUUAUGUGCUCAGAUCCAGCUGACUGUUGAUGCCCGACUCUGGUGGAAUGCCUACUGGAGUAUGCGUCCCGGCGAGAAAGACGGUUGUACGUGGGACCAAUUCAAGGAGCUGAUUCGAGAGAAGUACUAUCCCUCGUAUUACCGAGUAGACAUGGAGCGCCAGUUUUUGGCACUCGUCCAGGGUACUCGUUCUGUUGACGAGUACGAAAGAGAGUUUACCCGUCUCGGAGCCUUU